AUCGUUGCAACGUCUCACGUUUGGGGUCAAACAUCUCGAGGAUGAGCUCACAGCGGUGGUGAAAUGUCGAAUUUUUCUCGGUCCGCCCAGCAAUGGGCCACUUUUGCUCGCUCCUGGUUCCUGAUCGAUGCCAGAAUGCAGCCUCCGGGGAAAAUAGCUGCAAUGUGCUCCGUGCGGUUGCAGGGCAAGCACAAGCCCAUCUACCAUGCGAUCAGUGACUGCGGUGACCACGUGGUGGUAAUAAACAGCCGGGAAAUUGCUUUCUCUGGAAAUAAAUGGGAACAGAAAGUCUACUCAUCGCACACGGGUUAUCCUGGUGGCUUCAAGCAGGUCACAGCUGCGCAGCUGCAUCACAAAGACCCCAAAGCUAUUGUGAAGUUGGCGGUGUACGGCAUGUUGCCGAAGAACCUGCACCGACGCACCAUGAUGCAGCGGCUGCACAUCUUCACAGAUGAGGAGCUGCCGGACGACAUCCGAGCCAACCUGACAGAGGAGCUUCCUCAGCCGCGAGAGAUCCCCCGCAAGCUGAGCGAGUACACGCCGGAGGAGGUGGACGCCUUCCCCCGCCUCUGGACGCCACCUGAAGACUACCGCAUGAAAUGAAGCCGCACCGGGGAGAUGACCGGCCGGCAGCGGAGGUCAUGUGUGCGGUAUCACCAUGGCAACUGUCAACACAUCCAUCUGAAGCGUGGGUCCAGCGCCGUGGCUGUGUUGAUGGAAAUGAACUUGUGGAGCGUUCCUGGAGGAGGUCCUCAGAGGUCACGCCUGCCUCGUCUCAGAACAGAUUUAUUGGUUAUAAAAGCAGCAGACAAAUAAAUAGGUUCAUGUGGCCGCGAGACUGUGUUGAAGAGAGAGAGAGCGUCGCUGCCUGGGUCCCGACCUCUGGUCAGAAACCUGCAGUUUUUUUCUCUUGUUUAUCUCUAUCAUCUGAAAAUGGUUGUGUCAGUGGAACAAAAGUCCGUCAUCUGUCAGAGCCUCGGAGUGGAGCCUCUGCUGCGCAUGGUAGUCCAUGCUCUCGGGGCCACUGAGAGCUGAGCCAGGGUCAGAUCCUGGUGGGCUCUUCAGCCAAAGUGGAGCUGAAAAAACAUCUGAAUCCAAAUCUGUGCAGAAGGACACUGAGGCUCUACUCCGAAUCUCUGGGGCUGACGGAGCUGGUUAACCUGGUUGGAAGUGUAAACGGCGACGUGAGAUGUUCUGGAGACAUGCAGCUUGACAGGAACGUGACCCGGAGACACCAGGGACACCACAGAACACCAUUAAACAUAGAUCAGGCACUUUUGGGAUUCUCCCCACUGGAAUCCAGAAAUAUGGUACACGUUAUUUACACGUCAGUGGGCGGAGCCUCACCACAGUCUCAUGGUUCAGUUCAGUUCAGAGUGCGGCGCUCAGACGCGCCUCUGUUCCGCGUCCUCGCUCUGAUCCAUGACAACCACGUCGCGGGAAAACCUCCGGACCACUCCCGGCGACCGCAGCUCCACGUCUUCAGAGUGGGCGGGCCCUGAGCGGUAAGCCUGCCGACCGUGAUGCUGCUGCGGCGGGUAGCCCCGGUAGUAGGGGUCCUCUUCCUCAUCCUCCUCCUCGCCUCCCUGGUCG